GGCCCAGGAGGUCAGACUGACGUGGAACUCGGAGUGAGCGGCGUAGGACACGUGGUCGAGGGGUGUCUGGUCUUGCUUCCGGGCCAGGAGCUUCCGCUCGGGGUGGUACAUCUUUCAUAGGAUGGGAAAGUGUCAGCUUCGGCCUUUCGCUGCUUUUCCAAUCCCCACGUGAUGACUCCAUCCUCGAAUAAAGGACAGAGUUUAAAGUAACUGCCCACUCUUCUGCCCACAGUCAAGAUGGCCGCCUCCGCCUCAGCAGCCGAGGUUGCCCUGCGAACCAGAUCCGUCCGGGCGGAAUAAUGGACGUCGUUUAAAAUAAUCCUGUCGCCGCGCUCCUGCCCACAUUGAAAACGGCCGCCUCCGCCUUCAGCAGCCGAGGUUGCUCCGCGAAUCCGAUUCUUCCGGGCGGAACCAGCGGAGAGAACUGCCGUGGGCGGAGCUGAGUUGCGGAGGCUCCGAGUCCGGGGCGGCUCGAGUCCGGCGGUCGCGUGUGCUCGGGACGGAGCGGGCCGGGCCGGGCCGGGCGGCCACCAUGCGGGCCUUCCCGGAGCUGCCGACGCCGUUGCUGGUGAACUUGAUGGGCUCGCUGCUGGGGUUUGCGGCCACCGUCACCCUCAUCCCAGCCUUUCGCGGCCACUUCAUCGCCGCGCGCCUCUGUGGAAAGGACCUCAACAAGCCGGGCCAGGAGCCGAUCCCCGAGUCGCAGGGAGUGAUCAGCGGGGCCGUGUUCCUCAUCAUCCUCUUCUGCUUCAUCCCCUUCCCUUUCCUGACCUGCUUUGUGGAGGAGCAGUGCAAAGCCUUCCCCCACCAUGAACUGGUGGCCCUGAUAGGCGCGCUCCUGGCCAUCUGCUGCAUGAUCUUCCUGGGCUUCGCGGACGACGUCCUGAACCUGCGCUGGCGCCACAAGCUGCUGCUGCCCACCGCGGCCUCGCUCCCUCUCCUCAUGGUCUAUUUCACCAACUUCGGCAACACCACCAUUGUGGUGCCCAAGCCCUUCCGUCCGAUUCUGGGCCUGCAUUUGGACUUGGGGAUCCUGUACUAUGUCUACAUGGGGCUGCUGGCCGUGUUCUGCACCAACGCCAUCAACAUUCUCGCAGGGAUCAAUGGCCUAGAGGCUGGCCAGUCACUAGUCAUUUCUGCUUCCAUCAUCGUCUUCAACCUGGUGGAGCUGGAAGGUGAUUGUCGAGAUGACCAUGUCUUCUCCCUCUACUUCAUGAUGCCCUUCUUUUCCACCACCUUGGGAUUGCUCUAUCACAACUGGUACCCAUCACGGGUGUUUGUGGGAGAUACCUUCUGUUACUUCGCUGGCAUGACCUUUGCCGUGGUGGGCAUCUUGGGACACUUCAGCAAGACGAUGCUACUCUUCUUCAUGCCCCAGGUGUUCAACUUUCUCUACUCCUUGCCUCAGCUCCUGCAUAUCAUCCCCUGCCCUCGCCACCGUGUGCCCAGGUCCUGGGCAGUGCUGUCACCUUCUCCAUUCGGUACCAGCUUGUCCGGCUCUUCUAUGAUGUCUGAGCUCCCUGAUCAUUGCCUUCACUUCACAGUCUCCAGGGCUCCCGACUCAGGCCAAGGACUCAGGCCAACCUCGUUCUAUCUAGACCAAGACUGCCCCUCAGCCCAGGCCGCUCCCUCCCCUCCUCCUCCCCAGCCUUUCCUUUCCCCUGUGAUAGCUGACAUGCUGGGCCGUGACUAUUGAUUGGAGUUUGCCUGUAGUUUCUUCCACUUGCCACAGCCGCUGAGGGGGGACAUGUGGCUGUUCGGUUUCCACAGCUCCGACCUUCAGGAAUAGGCUGGGCCUGGGGCAGAGCCCUGGCUCCUGACAGGGACACGGCUCGGAGAAGACUUCACAUGAGACUAUAAGUUAAGGGUUCUAAUUAGUAAAAGAAGAUGGGGGUGCAGGUGCUCCCAGUGGUAACAAUAAAGCGAUGUGUUUUUUCUUGUC